AUGCCAUCACAAUCACGGCUGCUGCGGCUGCCCGCGCUAUUCGCCCUGCUCCUGGGCGUAGUCUUCCUGGUCCUCUCGACGCCGGUUCUGGCAAAGUCCUCCGACGCAAGAGAAAACUCAAAACCAGACUUGAUAUGCCACACCAGCGACCCGGAGGAUUGCUACCCGCGCGUCUUUGAGGCCACGGAUGAGUUCCAAAAGGUCCACGAUGACCAGGACCUGCCCCACGGCCUUCACGUGCGGCUCAAUGUAUACACAGGCGAAAAGGAGGCCAAGAUCAACGUGCCCGGUGAAGGUGACGCCUCGCUGGAGGGCCUGCCGGUGGAGCAGGACAUUGUCGUGGUCGAGCCUGAAGCUCGUGACGAUCCCAUCAUCCCCAAAGGCGCCCCGGUGUAUGAGACGGCGGGUAAAAUCAAAGCCCCUCAGCAUGAAGCCAAGGCAUUUGUGGAUGCCAUGAAGCUUCUCAAAGCCGACAGGGGCGAACACGAUCCUGCCUUUGAUGCCUCGCUCGAGGGUCUUGAAGAACUGGCCCACGACAUGUACUAUGGCCUCAAAAUCGCCGAGGAUCCCGACGUUGUCAAGUCGCUCGUCUGCCACAUGAUCCAAGAACCGUACCCUCGGGCUGAGAGCACCGAGGGUCUCCCGCCAAGAGACCAGCAGGCGGCCACCAUCCUCGCGGCCAGCCUGCAAAACAACCCGACCGCGCUGGAGCAGGUCAGCAAGCAGUGGCCGGGCAUCCUGAAGCACUACUGCCCCGAGGGCAUGGCGCCUCUGGCCGACGAGCUUUUCCGAAGCAUCGGACCCGUCCCGGCCAAGGAUGCCGCCGAGCACACCGCCGCCGCGGCGAACCUGAUCAAGGCCCGCGUCGCCGCCAUCAGCGGCCUCAUCAAGGACCCGGCCAUCCGCGCAGACUUUUUGCGCCUCGAUCUCAUGGGCGAGCUGGCGCGCGUGCUCGCCCGCGAGGACAAGGAGUGGGCGGCGGCGCAGCGCAAGGUCGGCCUGUUUGCGGUGGACAACUUUCUCGACGAGGACAUGGGCGCCGUCGCGGGCCAGUGGCCCAAGGCCCCCAGGCUUACGGACGAGCAGUGCAAGAAGGCGGGCUGGCAGGCACCCGAGGGGUGCUGGGACUACCACGUUGCUCGCAUCGCCAAGGCGAACAAGGGCGACAAGAGCCACUGGAGCAGAGACCUUCAGACGCGGCUGGCGGCGGCGCGAAAGGGUAACCCGGCACCAUCUCAGCACGUGGAGCUGUAA